AUGUUUUCAUUCCUAAAAAACACUCUCGUGCCUCUUCUUCUCCUUUCCCAAGCCGGGCCUGGAGCUGCGGCUUCACCUGCGUAUCCAACGGCACCCGAAUUGAGCUUCCUCUACACAGCGUAUGUGAAAUGUGAAGGCACGCUUAUGGAAUCGCGUGGUCCUCAUGGAAUCCGCAAAGCGAUCCCCAUUGUCGGAGGGAAUUUCACCGGUCCUCAUCUGUCGGGGGAAAUUCUCGAUGUCGGCGCUGACUGGGGAUUGACUGACCCCCAAACCAGUGUGUUCUCAGCAGACACGCGCUACAACCUACGGACUCAUGAUGGCGAGAAUAUCUUCAUUCAGACCUCGGGGCCGAAGUCUCCCUCAGGUCAGCUGCAUCUCCGCUUGGUUUUCGAGACUGGCAGCGAGAAAUACUACUGGUUGAAUAAUGUCCUUGGUCGGUUCAUGAUGUAG